CCGUACAGUGCGGGUAUUUCGCCGCGACCGGAAAAACCGAUAUGAGCUAAAAAAUGUUACCCCAAAGAUCAGCGAGUGUUUAGAGCAGGGUUAUCCUUCUCACUCCCAUAACGAUUGAUUGACAACAUGGAGACACAGUCUAACACCACAACAAGCAAUGCUGAAUCUGUUCAACCAUCAUUUGACGAAGUUGUUGAAUUGAUCUCAACAGGUCGUGCAGAUCAAAUUCCCGGCAUAAAAGAUAUACCGUUAAAGAUCAAUGAGGCAACACCCAGUGCAGCUACAAUGUCAAGACCACUCAAACCUUGGGAGCGAGCUGCAGCACAACAGGACACCGCCGAUACCACUGCUGCUCCUCAACCCGAUCAGAACGUUGCAAACACAAAUGCAGACUAUGCCUCCCAAUCAUGACGGGCUAGCUCAAAAGAGAAAUAUUCACUUCACACUGUAUUAUAUGAAUCACAUGAAUUAAGAUUUUCUAUUUUUGUACUUCAUCGACAUAGACCUUCUUGAAAUGUAUACAGAGGUCAAACAUCCUUUCUCGCAGAAUACGGGACUUCAUCUUUAUAGCUUGGCUCUGUGAGAGAGAAGGACGAACAGAUGUCAGUCAUAUUUUGCUUAUGGAUAGGAGACGCUCAAACAGAUUUGAGCAGGACCGCAGGUUCAAUGCAUUAACAUACACACACAACCUGCAGCUUUGGUAUGUCUCACAUAAAUUGCCGCUUCUCAAAAAA